GAGUUGCCGAGCCGAGGAGGAAAGCGCUCACUUCCGUAUCGGGCGCUGCGGCGUCCGGCUGCGGCGCUGAGGGCUGGGCCCGGCGCAGGAAAUUCCCAGGAUCGCCAUUGUUGCACAGUUUCUGAAAGUGUUUUGAGGCAAAACUUCAGGGAGUCCAUGGGAGCAAUGGAAGGCCGCAAGGCAGAAGAAGAUGUGUUAGAUAUUCUUCGACUGAACGUGGGCGGCUGUAUUUACACAGCCAGGCGUGAGUCCUUGUGCCGAUUUAAGGACUCGAUGCUGGCAUCCAUGUUCAGUGGUCGUUUUCCUCUAAAAACAGAUGAGUCAGGGGCUUGUGUUAUUGACCGUGAUGGACAUCUGUUUAAAUUCCUUUUGGAUUACCUUCAUGGGGAAGUUCAGAUUCCCACAGAUGAGCAAACCCGUGUUGCCCUGCAGGAAGAGGCUGAUUACUUUGGCAUCCCAUAUCCAUACAGCUUGUCCGACCACUUGGCCAAUGAAAUGGAGACAUAUUCUUUAAGGUCAAAUAUAGAACUUAAAAAGGCUUUAACAGACUUCUGUGAUUCAUAUGGUUUAGUUUGCAAUAAACCAACAGUUUGGGUUCUUCACUAUCUUAACACAUCUGGUGCAAGCUGUGAGAGUAGAAUUAUUGGUGUAUAUGCCACAAAAACUGAUGGAACAGAUGCUAUUGAUAAACAGCUGGGAGGAAGAGUUCACAGCAAAAGCAUUUUUAAAAGAGAGGCGGGGAAUAAUGUUCAGUACAUCUGGAGCUAUUACUCAGUAGCAGAAUUGAAGAAAAUGAUGGAUGCCUUUGAUGCCUGGGAAGGAAAAGGUGUUAGCUACUGGCGGGUGCCUCAUGAACUGAUAGAAUGUUGGACUCUGGAAGAGCGUCCUCUACUUGGAAGCCUGCGACACAUGGCCCCAAUUCGAAAAAGGCGCCUGAUAACUUUAAAUGAAGAGGAGGAAGAAGGUGUGAACUGUAAGAUUGGUCCCAAGCCAGUAAGAUUUUUGGGCCCAUCCACAAGCACCCAAAUUAAAGUCAAGAACUCAGCGUCGAUCCGGGUGUCUCCAGCUGGUGCUGCCCAGGCCUGGUCUGGAGAGACAGCAAACCGGCCUCAAAGCCCCGGCGACCGGAGGGCAGCGCCGCGCUCUGCACUGUGGAAAGCCCCAGCAGCCCCGUCAGCGGAGUCUCAGGCUUCCGGGGGAACCCGGAGAGCUGAAAAUGGAGCGCCACACCCACCCCCAGCAAAGGUCCUGCUCUCUGACAAGAAGGCCACACCCCAUCGAGUGAUAAAACUGAAGCGGACUCCACUGUAUGCGGCCGUGCCCUCCUUGCCCUCCUCCACCCCGGUGCACCCCACAAGCUCCCCUGGGCUGCCUCCUCCUUCCAGCACUUUGGGUGUGCCCACUGAAGACGGGAAAGGCAAGAAUGAUUGAUAAAAAGUGCAGACCUGCAACUUCCUGCUUGUCUCCCAGAGUUUCUAACCCUUUGAUUCAAAUAACUGACUCCAUUAACUUGAUGGUAGAGGUGAAAACUUAGGUUUAUAUUUUGGAUAAUUAUGGGAAAAAAGGAAUUGUGUGAAGUAGGAAUGGAGGGGAGAGUGUAAGUGGUUUACUUUCUGUUUUCCAAACUUUUAAAUGAUUAUUUAUUUAGGGACUGUUUGUAUUUUAGGUUUUUUAUUUUUUUAAUGGUUUGCUGGUAUUAAGGCAGCAAAACAAUACAGCAAAGUAAUCACUAGAGAAGUUGUCUGCUUUUUGCUGAAGUAAUUAUAGACUAUGUGCUUUUACAGUGUUCCUUAUUGCAGCCCAGGGAGAGAGAGGAGUGAGGCUUGGGCUUAGAUAUUCCCAUCCGGUGAAAUGGAGGGAGGGUGAUAUUAGUGCUUUCCUAUCCUAUAUCACAGCCAAGAGAGAUUUGAGAGGGGAAAAUGUAGACAAGUUGUUCUCAGUCUCUAAAGGCAAUAUGAAAAGAAACGAUGGGGAGGGGAAAAAAGAAAACUCAAGAUCACACUUUGACUCUCAUUUAAUUGAACUGUUUUCUUCUGAAAAUUGUCUUUUCUUACUGUUUUCCUUUAGCAGAUUAAUUUAUAUGUCACAAGAAGAUUUCUUGGGAUAAGAACUAUAUGAAGCAUUUGAAAUGAAUCAUUAAAAUAUCUUAUUUUAAUUUGAAUAUGAAGUUGUGAAAGCACUUUUGAAAAAGAAAAGUUAAAAGUUUAACUUUUUAACUAAAGUUAGUAUUUGUUUUCCAGAAAUGGCCAUCAAAGAGGCAGUCGGAUUAUUCAGUAUGAUUUUUUAUGCCUAAAAUUUCCAUGUAACUUGAAUUUAAUAUUUUUAAACAGAAUAUUUUGAUUAAUCCUCUAUUUUUUCAUGACUAUUCAGUUGUGUGUAUUUACUCUUACAUGUUAUGUUUUAUAAUUGGAGCACAUAUUUCUACCUUCAGUGAACAGUAUGCCUUCAGUGUGUUAAAAAUAAAUUCAUAAAGCCGGGCACUUUUUACUCAAAUGAUUAUCAUUGUACUUGCAUUGCUUUGAAAGAGUAAAAUAAAUAUCCUGAAAACCAUUACUGUUUUAUAAAAUAAAGUAAA